CUUUCCUCCUUCCCUUCCCCACACCACACUGCUACUCCCUCUGGUCCUCCAUCAUUGCAUUCACUCCUGCUGCCCAGGAGAGAGCUCCAAGAAGCAGAAGCACACACACUCUCUCCCUCUCUCUUGGAUGCACGGUCUUCGUCAUCAUGGGAUUCUGAGGACGACGAUGACCUAAAGUAGGGGCUGUGGUAGGAUGGGGAGCAGCUGGAUCUCUUAAUUUCUUGGGUUGGCGGCAGCUGCCGAGGGAGGAACGGAAACAGGAAAGAUCCACCCAACCCAGAGAUCUUCUGUUCCAAGGCAAGGACAAAUUUUCUCCCAUUGUUUGUGUGGGUGUUCUUCUUACUAUUGUUAGCCGGGGGCUCUGCUGCUGUUCUAUUUCCUGGCCAUUUCCUUCUCGUGUUCCUCGUGCGUGCUUUGGUUUUCUGCCGUCUAAAUUAUCUCUUCCAGAACAUACCUAGCAACUGCCCGUCGUUUCCUGCCCAAAAAGAACUGCGGUUUUGGUUUGGGAUGGUUUUGGUUUUGGGUCACUGCGCGUGCGCGGAUUGCUUCUGGAUGCAGAAGCUUUUCGAUCUCUUGCCGGCGCCCUUCAUGUGACGGCGCGAGGAUCCUGCGCUCUGCCUCUUUAGGAAAAAUGCGGCGAUUCCUCCCCUAUCGUGGUAGUUUGCUGGCAGUAGAUCUUCAUGUAGGUUAACUUCCUGUUGCUUUGCUCGAGGACUGUUAUUCUGUUCCGUUCUCUUGGUUGGCCUUCAUGGCGAGGAUGUCGCCAAACAAUCCGAUGCGCAAGUACUCAUGGUGGUGGGAUAGUCAUAUCUGCCCGAAAAACUCCAAAUGGCUCCAGGAAAAUCUCACAGAUACGGAUAGCAAAAUCAAAGUCAUGAUCAAGAUCAUUGAUGAGGACGCUGACUCGUUUGCAAGAAGAGCAGAAAUGUACUACAAAAGGCGCCCAGAGUUGAUGUCCUUGCUUGAGGAGUUAUACCGUGCUUACCGAGCUUUAGCUGAAAGAUACGAUCAUGCAGCUGGGGAACUCCGACAGGCUCAUCGAAAGAUGGCAGAAGCAUUUCCAGAUGAAUACCAGCUAGAUUUGGAUGAUGACCUACCAUCUGAAACUGCAUCAUCUGAAACUGACGCCGAAACUCGUGACAUGACACCAUUUUUCAGGUCUUUCAUCAACACGGGCGAUUCAAAAAAGCGUAAUAAAGAUGACCAGGACCAUGAGAAGCUACAGAAAGAAAUUUCAAGCUUGUCACAGGAAAAUCAAGACCUUAAAAAGAAGAUUUCGUCAGUGCUAGAAAAGAGUGAAAGUGCUGAAUCUGAAGUUCGAUGCCUCAAGGAGGCCCUUGCACAACAAGGGUCAGAGAAAGAGGCCGCGGUUUCACAAUGCAAGCAGUCCAGUGACAGGUUACAAAACCUCAAGUCUGAAAUAUUACUUACACAGGAGGAAUUCAGGAAGCUGAAAGAGGAGAUGCAAAACGGACUGCAGAACUUGAGCACUGCAGAGGAACAGUGUCUUCUGCUUGAGAGGGCUAAUCAGGAUUUGCAUUUGGAGCUAGAUAAGCUGAAGUAUGCUUCCAAAGAGAAGCAUGAAGAGCUUAAUGGGAAAUACAUUGAGCUGGAAAAGCUUAGCGUCUCUAUACAAGAGGAGCAACUGAAGAGCAUGCAAGCUGAAAUGGCACGGCUGUCUUUAGAGAAGCAAUUGGCCCAAGUGCAGGAGAAGCUAAGACUUCUGUCUCUUGAAAAGCAUGGUGAAGCAAGUAAGUUUAAGGACAUAGAAGCAAACAAACUUAUGCUUCAGAAAGAACUGGAGAAGAUUCGAGAAGAAAAUCAGAAACUGGAUGAUCAAAAUCACACCUCUACAUCUGUGAUUGUUCGUCUGCAGGAUGAGAUAAUUUCCUUGAAGAAUGCACAACGGCACCUCGAGGAAGAGGUGUCUCGGCAUGUGGAGGAAAAGAAAGUACUUCAGCAUGAGCUUUCACACAUAAAGAAUGAUAGGGGUGAUGUCGAGAGGAAGCACUUUUCCAUCAAAGAGCAAAUACAAGUGGUUAAUUUCAAUGUGGAAUCACUCCAAGCACUUGCACAAGAAAUGAGGGAUGGAAAUGUUGAGCUAAAGGAGACCAUCAAGAACCAUGAUGGUGUGAAAGCGCUGUAUGUUGAGAAUCUUAUGCAGCUGGAGAGAACGUUGGAGAAAAAUGCUCAUUUGGAGAGAUCUUUGUCAGCUGCUGCUACUGAGGUUGCAGGAUUGAGAGAGAACAAGAUUGCACUGGAAGAAUCUUGCAAGCACCUUAACUCCAAGAUUAGUGGCCACCAAUCUGAGCGAACCAUGUUUAUUACUCGGAUUGAGGGUAUUUCUCGUACCAUGGAGAAGCUAUCAGAGAAUAACGUGUUCUUGGAAAAUUUGUUGUCCGAAAACAGUACCGAGCUUGAGAUACAUAGAAGGAAGCUGAAAGACUUGGAAGAGUCUGCACAGGCACUCCGAAAUCAGAAUUCUGUACUUCGAUCUGACAAGAGAACUCUUGUGCAUGAGGUUGAUAGCAUGAAUGGUGCUCUACUUGAUCUGGAAACCCAGUAUGCAGAGUUAGAAGGACGGCACUUGGAUCUCCAGCAGGAGAAGAACAAGGUUCUUAAUGAAGUAAUCAAGGUACAGGAAUUGUUAAGGCUCGAGAGAGAGAAGAGCAAAGAACUCACCCACUCAGAGAAGACUCAGUUCAGUGCUAUAAAGAAGCAGAUAGCCCUACUGCUAGAUGAUGGACGCCAUAAGGAGAAACAACUUCAAGAGCAGGAGCACAAGAUUAUUGAAGCUCAGACAGAGAUUUUUGUCUUGCAGCAGUGCUUAGGGGACAUGGCAGAAGCAAAUUGUGAUCUCUCAGGGGAACUGCGGAAGCAACAAGAGACACGCAAGAUUCUUGAAGACAAAUUGGCCUUCUCGUCACAAAAUAACAAGCAGCUUACUGAAGGGAUUGGUUCUGUGAUGGAAGUACUACAGUUUGAUGAGAAGUAUGGAUCUUUGGAUCUAAUGAAGCUUGACGUAGUUGUGCAGCUCGUCUUGCAUGAGAUCAAGUGCCUGCUGAAUACCAUUUCUGAUGCCCAAGAUGUGAAGCAGAACCAGAUCCUUGAGAAGUCACUUGUCGUCACGCUUCUGGAGCACUUUGGACGAGAGGUGGCAGACUUGAGGUCAGAAAGGAGUGUUCUGAGGCAAGAGUGGCAAGCAAAGAGCGAGGAGUUGCUACAGCUCCAGAGUGAAAGGCAUGACCUCCUAAAGAUCAGCUGCGAGUUAAGGAAGGACAUGGAGGCCCGUAAUCGCAAAGUGGAUGAGAUGAAAUCUGAGGCAAAGUUCCUGGUUCGACAACUCUCAGAGCUUCAAGAGUCACGCCAGUCAUUGCAAGCUGAGAUUAUUAAGCUGAUAGAAGAGAAUUCCUCACUCGCAGGCAAACUUUAUGACUCAAGGGAGAAAGAGAAGUCGUUUGAAGAUGAUUUCAGUACUCUAAUUGGUGAAGCAGUCAGGACAGAUAUCCUUGGUGUCAUUUUCAGAAGCCUUCAUGAUGAGAGGACAUCAGAAUUGCAGUCUUUGCAUGAUGAUUUCGGGUCUCUGCAUGCAGCAGGCAAUGAGCUUUAUCAGGAAAUCAGACUGAUGAACAAGAAGCUUGGAGAUCUACAACUCGAGAACAACUACCUUGAGAAGGAGCUCAGUAGAACUAUAAGCAUUUGUGAUGGAUCUAGUCCAGAAAAUGGUUCCGGAAGAAGGCGUACUAUGCGAAGAGAUACCAAGCUAUUGAAAUCUGGCAGGAAGAGCCAAGAGAGUAUGGCGGGCAUAGAACACCGCAAAGAAGUGGACAGUGCUGGUCUUGAGAAAUCAAACGAAAUGUUAAGGGAAGAGCUUCAGAAGCUAAAGAGUGAAGUGCGGGUGCUUAAAAACAACGAACAGCCAGUGAUUGAUGUCAAGUCUUGCGAUGCAGAGAUCACGAAACUGCUGGCAAACAUGCAAAUUGCCACUGCCAAUGCAGCUCUCUUCAAGGAGAAGGUUCUUGAGCUCAUUGUAACAUGCGAGAGUUGCGAGAUAAGUGAAAUAGUACAGAAGGAGGUGUUGAAGGAGGAGAUCACUCGGAGGAAUUCUUAUGUGGAUGCGCUGAAGGACAAGCUAAAUGCUGUCGAGAUCGAGAACAGAAGGCUGAAGGUCGACCUGAACGGUGACUUCACAGUGCUAGACGCAUUGCAAACUGAAGUCAAUGCCUUAGAGAGACAAACCCUGUCACUGGCCAAGGAUUGCUUACCGUCAAACAAACUCAGGAAGGAGGAAUUCCAAUUGUCACCUCAGCUCUCAAAGAUUGCUGUGAAACCAAGUGAUGACCAAAACUCAACUAAGCUGGUGAAAGACAUGGAGCUGCAGAAGUUGCAUGGAACCAUCAAAGCGCUCCAGAAGGUGGUUACGGAUACUGGAGUUGUUCUCGAGCAAGAAAGGCUUGAUUUCAGCAGCAAUCUCCAGGACGCCAGGAAGCAGAUCGAAAUGCUCAAGCUCAAGGAGGUCUUGGACAGCGACACAAGCGAUGCGAACUACGAGCGAAUGUUGAAGGACAUUCAGCUUGACCUCGUCCAGACGCCUAGCCGUAGAGCCAUCGGUUCGCACCGCCAGAAGAAGAAAAUCGCAUCGCAGCCUGACGAAAAGAUGCUAGCGUUGUGGAGCGUGGUCAGAACGAGCAGCGGCAGCGGCAGGUAUGAUGAUCUGCGACCGCCGCAGAGCGAGGCAUCAUCGGAGAAGGACAAGGGCAAACGAUCAUCCUCUGAGCUGAUGCUCGUGAAGGAUCUCGGUGUCGACAAGCAAGAGAUACCGAGGUCUGUGGUCACCACGGAACCGCACCGUGAGUGGAAGAAGAAGGUCAUUGAGAGGCUGUCGUCGGACGCUCAGAGGCUCAGGGAUCUCCAGUCCAUCCUCCAAGAGCUGAGAGCAAGCGUGGAAGCAUCAGGGGAGGCCGAGCUGGAGAGCGUCAGGGCGCAGAUGGUCGAAUCCGAGGCCGCCAUCUCGCAGCUGAUCGACACCAACGGGAAGCUCCUGAAGAAGGCCGAGGAGUUCACCUCGGUGGACGGGCUCGACGGCGAGAAUGUGGACCUCCGGAGCAGGAGCCAGCGCAAGAUCCUGGAGCGGGUGAGGAAGAUGUCUGAGAAAGUCGGCCGGCUGGAGCUGGAGAUGCAGAAGUUCCAGCAGGUCCUGCUGAAGCACGAAGAGGAGCGUGCCAGCCGGCGAGCCUCGAAGACGAUGCAAGGCCACCAGCAGCGGCGGUCGAGGGUGCAGCUGGUGGAGUACCUCUACGGGAAGCGGCGGGGCGACGCCGCCAGCCAACGUCGGACGAAGCGCGGACCCUCCUGCUGCAUGAGGGCCAAGGCCAUGGACGACUGAUCAAGAUUACCCUUUUACCCAGUUUUUAAUCUUCAGACAAGAAUUUGCAGUUCAAACUUUUCUCCUGCUGUUUUAUGCUGCUCUAGGUAAAUAAUUGUAAGUUGGACCGGUCGAUCUUAAUCCUAGUUUGUUCUUCUCAAGUAUAAGCAUGUAAAUGGUAGUCGUUCGUUAUGCCAGCGGCAAAACUGUUAAAUUUCCGUAGUAAAAAAGUUUGGCUCCUUUGAAAA